AUGAUCUCGUUAAGAAAACGACGGUCCCCGUUCUCCCUCGCCUUGCUCAGCCCCAGAGCGUCGCUUGUCUCCUUCGCGCGAAAGUCCAUAUUAGCCGUCCUCAACGACGCGAUCACCGACGGCGUCCUCACCGUCACCGACAGCGAAGGAACGCGUAGCUACGGACGCUACGAGCCCGGAUGCAACAAUGUCACCCUCAUCGUCACGAACGAUAACUUUUGGUUACGAAUGCUGCUUACGCUGAUCGCGACAUCAGUCAGUGAAGCAUACAUGAUCGGCGACGUCCAGGUCGACAACCUGCGGGAUGUGAUGAAGCUAUGGAUAGACAACGAGGCGGGAAUGGAAAGCUCAUUAUCGUCGACAUUCUCCCGUCUCUCGGCGGCAACAUCAGCGCUAUACAACGGGUUGCUCGGCCAGACCCGAGCAAACUCCAGACUCAACGUGAUCGCCAGCUAUGAUCAGUCCAACGAACUGUUCAAGGCUUUCCUCAGCAAGGAGAUGAUGUACUCUUGCGCGCUGUGGGACGAGGAGGAGGGAGGCGUCCGCGGCGAUGUGAUCUCCGGGACCACACCUGGCGACCUCGAGGCCGCCCAACAGCGGAAGAUACACUUCGUGCUGCAAAAGGCUCGCGUUGGACCAGGCCACCGAAUUCUCGAAUUUGGCUCUGGCUGGGGCGCGCUGGCCAUCACCGCAGCCGUCGAUUAUGGGUGCGAGGUUGACACGCUUACACUCUCCAUCGAGCAGAAGCGGCUCGCCGAGGAGCGUAUACGAGAGGCUGGCGUUGAGGACAAGGUCCGCGUACACCUGCUCGACUACCGAGAGAUACCACUCGAGUUUGAGAAGGCCUUCGAUGCAUUUAUCAGCAUCGAGAUGGUUGAGCAUGUCGGUGCCAAAUACUACAACAUGUACUUCAAGCUCAUUGACUUCGCCUUGAAAUCACGCAAUGCCACCGCCGUCAUCAGCUCAUCGACUUUCCCCGAGUGCCGAUUCACCACAUACCAAGCGGAGGACUUCAUGCGUCGCUAUAUGUGGCCAAAUUCGUGUCUGCCUAGCGCUACCGCCAUUAUCACCGCUGCGCAUAGUGCUUGCCAUGGACGCUUAGCCCUGGAGUCCGUCGUCAACCACUCAGCUCACUACCCCCGGACGUUGAGAGAAUGGGACCGGCGGUUGGAUACCAAUCUUACGCAAGACCUUGUCGCCAAGGAUUUCCCCAGUCUGGCGAAUAAUCCAGGAGACUUUGACGCGUUCAAGAGGAAGUGGAGAUACCUUUUUGCGUAUGCUGGAGCCGGGUUUGCGAGGGGAUAUAUAACCUGCCAUAUGUGGACGUUUGUGCGCGGGAACGACGCUCCCGAGCCAUGCGAUUAG